GUGAACGGGAAUCAGUAAAGAACCCCAAAGCCGAAACAAAGCAGAGAGCCUGAGACACAGAACAAUAUAAAAGAACAUCAAAAGCUGAGACCUUAAAAGCAUCUUCGCUGCACACUCCAGUAGCGACAACCAAGCCUGUUUGUUCUGCGCCCACACCGCUGCUCCUGCCAUCUUCGCCAUCGCGAGAAGUCGAGAAAGACACGAUGGCGAGAGUCGAAGCCGUGGUCGUCUGCCUCCUCAUCGUCGCCAUGGAUGUGGCCGCCGGCGUCCUCGGCAUCCACGCGGAGAAAGCCCAGAACCAGGGGAGGCACCUGAAGAUACUGUUCAUCGAGUGCAGGCAGCCGGUCCGGCAGGCCUACAAGCUCGGCAUCGCGGCGGCCGCGGUGCUGGCGGCGUCGCACGCGAUCGCCAACAUCAUCGGCGGCUGCGCGUGCGCCUGCUGCUGCGGCGGUGACCCGCAUCGGCGCCCCUCGCCCAACCGGCAGAUGGCGUCCUUCGCCCUGGUCCUCUCAUGGAUGGUGCUGGUGGUGGGGCUGGCGCUGCUGAUCCUGGGCGCGCUGCCCAACUCGAAGAAGAAGCUGGCCGAGUGCGGGGUGAUGCGGCACCAGUUCCUCUCCAUCGGCGGCGUGCUCUGCUUCGUGCACGCGCUCUUCUGCCUCGUCUACUUCGUCUCCGCCCACGCCGCCGCCAGGGAGGACGCCCGCGGCUCCAAGGCCGUCGGCGUGCACACCUGAGAUCUCGUCUCUUGGAUUUUUCCUUAAAGUUAAAGCCGACAGCUGCUUUUUUUUUGCAUUGGCGUAUAAUAAUUCCUUCCCCGCUGUGAGAUGUGGUUUGAUGAUUCUGCUUGCUUUUUUUGCAUUGAAGUAUGAAUGUUUUGGCGUCGUGUUACUGGAAUGAAAAUGUGGCAGUCGUACUCUUAUCAGUACUUUUCGUGUCUAUGAAAUCAUUUUUUUUCUUGUAAAA